GGGGGGAGAGGCUCUGGGCUGCUGCCGCGGCUGUGUGGGUUUCUUUACACUCCCUGGCAGGCUGGGUGCCGGCUUCCUCGCCUGCCUGCCCGCCCGCCUGGGAAAGUGGGUUAGGGAGGGAAGGAGCUCAGCUCAGACACUGGCAAAGGAGCAUCCAGCCACAGAGAGACCAGAGAAGAACACCUUCCUUUUGCAGCUUUCUCUUCAUCUUUUCUAGAGGGUUUUAUAUUUGUACUCUCUCUUUUUAAAUUGUGCUCCUUUGGCUAUCCCCCCCCCCCCCGCUUGGGUUUUAUGAGGGCUUUGUUAAGUCUUAGAGGGAAGAGAGACUGAGCCAGGAAAAGAGAGGCAAAGUGGAAAGGAGCACAAACUGGGAAAGCCCAUUCUGCCUUGGCUGUUGAUGAAAGCCCUGUGUUUGUAAAGCCCUCUCGGCGUGAGCAGCACGCACACACCCUCCAGAGUACACCCGGACCUGCACCUCGGCGUGGCCACGAUGGUCGGCAGAGUUCAGCCCGAUCGGAAACAGUUGCCGCUAGUCCUACUGAGAUUGCUCUGCCUUCUCCCCACAGGACUGCCUGUUCGCAGCGUGGAUUUUAACCGAGGCACGGACAACAUCACCGUGAGGCAGGGGGACACAGCCAUCCUCAGGUGCGUUGUAGAAGACAAGAACUCGAAGGUGGCCUGGUUGAACCGUUCUGGCAUCAUUUUUGCUGGGCAUGACAAGUGGUCUCUGGACCCUCGGGUUGAGCUGGAGAAACGCCAUUCUCUGGAAUACAGCCUCCGAAUCCAGAAGGUGGAUGUCUAUGAUGAGGGUUCCUAUACUUGCUCAGUUCAGACACAGCAUGAGCCCAAGACCUCCCAAGUUUACUUGAUCGUGCAAGUUCCACCAAAGAUCUCCAACAUCUCUUCGGAUGUCACUGUGAAUGAGGGCAGCAAUGUAACCCUGGUCUGCAUGGCCAAUGGCCGUCCUGAACCUGUGAUCACCUGGAGACACCUUACGCCAACUGGGAGAGAGUUUGAAGGAGAAGAAGAAUAUCUGGAGAUCCUUGGCAUCACCAGGGAGCAGUCAGGCAAAUAUGAGUGCAAAGCUGCCAAUGAAGUCUCCUCGGCAGAUGUUAGACAAGUGAAGGUCACUGUGAACUAUCCUCCCACUAUCACAGAAUCCAAGAGCAACGAAGCCACCACAGGGCGGAAAGCUUCACUCAAAUGUGAGGCCUCAGCAGUGCCUGCACCUGACUUUGAGUGGUACCGGGAUGACACCAGGAUAAACAGUGCUAAUGGCCUUGAGAUUAAGAGCACGGAGGGCCAGUCCUCACUGACGGUGACCAACGUCACUGAGGAGCACUACGGCAACUAUACCUGCGUGGCAGCCAACAAUCUGGGGGUCACCAAUGCCAGCCUAGUCCUUUUCAAGCGUGUUUCACCCACAAUCCCUAUUCCCAUUCAAGGAAUAAAGCUGCCUAAGAAGAGCUCAGUGAGAUUUGCAGCAGAAAAUGUUGGCAUGAUGCCCCAAAGG